UUGUAAUUGCUGUUAACGAGGGGAGAGUCUUUUUGCGUCUUUUUUCUCUGCACGCGAGCUCGAGAGCGGAGUGGGGGAAGGGGCACGACCACGACGGCGGCGGCGGCGGCGGCGACGGCCAUGCGUCGCUCUUCACCGAUCUCGCCGUGUCCGCCGGGCUCCGAUCGGCGAUCCCGAUCCCUCCGUUCCGGCUCCUGAUCCUCGCGGGGCUUUUCCGGCGGGUCCGUUAGGGGUUGCGCCGCGCCGGGAGGGGGGCGCGAGAGGGGGGCUUGGAAUCGCGUGAAUCGGGACGGGGCUCGGCUCCGGUGGAAGCCCUAGAGAAGGGAAGCGGGGACCCCCCCUCCCUCCCCGCGAUUGGUGCGCUCUAGUGGGAGCGGAGUGAAGUGGGAGCUUGAGCAUUCCCGGUCGAUUUCGCGGGUUUCCUGGGUCGAACCCUGAUUGGGGUUGAGCUCGGCGUCGGAGAUGGAGAACGGGUUUGAUGGGAAAUUGGCUGAUAAGUUCUCUGGAAUGGCGCUUAACGACGGUUCGUCCAAUAUCAACUCCAACAACGAUAGCUUGUUUCAGGUCAUGAAAGCAGUUGAAGCUGCCGAAGCCACUAUUAAACAGCAGGUGGAGGAGAAUGUUCGGCUGAGGACCGAGCUACAGGAAAAAAUGCAGGAACUGGAAAGAUAUAAAUCAUAUGAAUCAAUGGCUUCAAGACAUGCUGUUGGGGCACCUGAUGGCCUUCUACACGGAGUUCAUGAUGCUCAUCAAUCUAUACCAUCUGUGGGAAAUCCAGAAGAUGGCGUUAACCGCAUACGAGGCACUUCUCCACGUGAUCAAGCUGGUACUAUUAUUGUUCAUAAGGAGGUGAAGCUAAGUAAUCAGAAUGCUGCCAGACAUUCUCAGGAGGAAGCCCACUCUGAAAGCAAUAAGGUUAAUGGGACAUUAAAAGUUCUUCCCGGUCCUCAGGUUCCCACCGAUAAUACUGGCUUUUCUCAGUUAUCAUCACCGUCAGCGACAUCUUUUUCUCCUAACAGAUAUCGAACUGAAGGAGAUUAUGAUAGAAGACAUAAUUUCUCUGGACAUGGGCUUAUGCAGAUGGCUGAAGUGAAUAAUUCUAGCAGCCUCCAGAAACAGGAUCUCAUUCAUAAGGUUCAGGAACAGGAACAAGAGAUUGUGCAGUUAAGGAGACAUUUGUCAGAUUAUUUAGUGAAGGAAGCACAAGUACGAAAUGAAAAGUAUGUUUUGGAGAAGCGAAUUGCUUAUAUGCGUAUGGCCUUUGAUCAGCAGCAGCAGGACCUCGUUGAUGCUGCGUCCAAAGCUCUGUCAUAUAGGCAAGACAUAAUGGAGGAAAAUAUUCGUUUAUCAUACCAAUUGCAGGCUGCACAGCAAGAAAGAUUGAUGUUUGUGUCAUCUUUGCUGCCUAUCCUUGCAGAGUAUUCUCUGCAGCCUCCAGUCCUCGAUGCUCAGUCAAUUGUUAGCAAUGUCAAAGUUCUUUUUAAGCAUCUGCAAGAGCAGUUAAAUGUUACUGAGGGGUUCAACAAAUUAUCUUCUUUGUUGCUUCAGACCAAACUGAAAGAAUCACACUUUCAAUUGGCCCCUUGGAAUUCAGAGGCAAGUCCGUCAAGUUUCGCACCACAGUCGCCCGCUCAUUCUAUUGGUGCAGCAUUGAUGACUUCAAGGAGAAAUGGACUAGAAUUGGUGCCACAGCCUGCUUUUUCCCUAGGAAAUGCACCAGUUUCUUCUGAUGCUCAGCCAAAUGCUGGAUGGGAUGCAUUGAAUGCCCAUCAGACAGCUUUGGGAGGUGUCCUGCCCAAAAACAUGGAACCUGAUGACAUAGGGAGGUAUUCACCCCUUGCAAGCAGGGGUCCUGUCACCCGUGAUGUGGCAGGACACUUUGCAAUUACUCAGGGCAGCACACCUCUCACCCGUCAUAGCGAAGAAACUACCAAGCAAGUCACUUUUCGUGAGCCUGUUAGCAACACAGAGAUGGAUGAUCCUGAUGUGGAGGCAAAUCACAAUGAGAGACAGUCUCCGGCUAAUUGGGUUUCUGGGAACUCCCCCUAUACAGGCCCACUUGAUGAUCCCGGCUCUUCAUAUUCCCCCUUUCUACCACCAGUUCUUGAAGAACCUUCUUCUUCCUUUUCAGAGGCUGCAGAAGAUGAUCCAUUACCAGCUAUAGAUGGCCUCCAAAUUUCAGGUGAUGCAUUUCCUGGUAAGGAACUGCAGGCUUCUGGAUACUCCAUUAAUGGAACAACCAGCUGCAACUUUGAGUGGGUACGUCAUUUAGAAGAUGGGUCGAUUAGUUAUAUUGAAGGAGCUAAGCAACCAAAUUAUCUUGUUACUGCUGACGAUGUUGAAACGUACCUUGCCAUCGAAGUUCAACCACUGGAUAAUAGGAAGCGGAAGGGGGAGCUUGUGAAGGUAUUUGCUAAUGAGCACCGAAAGAUUACAUGCGGCCCAAUGCAGAAUAUCAUAGAAAAGACUUUUCAUGAAGGGCAUGCAUCAUACAAAGUUUCAUUAUCGACGAGAUAUCUUGACAUAUGGGAACCAGCUAUAUUGGCUGUUAAAAGGGAAGGUUACAGCAUUAAGUGUACUGCCAGCGAUGUUGUAGUCACAGAAAAGUUUUCUCCAAAUACAAGAAUUACAAUUCCUUAUGGAGAUGACACUGCGUUCUGCAUAACAGGUUCAAAUGACAGUGAGCAUCUCUUGAGAGCAGAAAACGACGAAGAAGACAUUAGCUGCUCAAGGGAUACGAUUGUGCUUACUCUGAGGAUGUUCAUCUUAAGGGCUGGUGAAAGAAGAAAAGGGAGGAAAAGGGGUCUGUUCUUCAACAAGUAAAAAAAUCUCCUCUUACGCCUGUCACAAAAGUUCAUUGCCUCGUUGAGAAUUGCAAGUGCAACACGAAAUCUUUGGAUAGCGUGCAGCAUAGUUCGCAUUUUUGAAUUCAGACUAUCUGAAGAUGAGUCAGGUACACCGAAUGAGGGCUGGUUGUAUAGUUUUUGCAUGAAACAUACCCAUUUUUCCUUCUGGCUGUAACCCUUUUCUCUUGUAAUCUUUUUGAUAUUAAACCCCAAGGAAAGCCAGAGGAGGGCAUUUUUCACUUCAUGUACAAAAAUUUUGUUUAUUGUUUUGGCUCAAUAUAUAUGGAGGAGGUAUUUACUCAUAA